UCUUUCACCGAGUGUAUGGCAUGGGCGUGGCGCGGUGUGACAACUAAAUUGACAGUUUUCAAAAUUGAAGAUGUUCGUGAAAAGUUAAAGUUGAAGUUUGAGAGAAGGUUGGCGACUGUGUGCUGUGAGCGGAGGCGUGGUGAUUCUGUGCUGAAGCCGAGUGGAGGUCAGCCGGCGGCAGCGGUGAGCUCGGAGAGCGGAGAGCGCCGCCAUGUCGCCGUGAGCCGGGCGUCGGGAGCCCGCGACCGUGCCCAGCAUUGUCCGCUGAUGUCGAUGUGCAGCCUGGCAGCCAUGGCACGCGGCUGUCGUCCCACUGGCCCCGCCGCCAAGCCCUGCUGUCUCUGCUGGUGCUGUUGCUGUUCUUGCUCCUGGUCUAAAUGGUUGGCGGCGCGCGGGGCAGAGGGUAGUGGGGGCACGGGGCCGGGGGGAAUCGGUGGCCCCGGCAGGAAGCCGCGUGAUUCUGGACUCGGCGAGCCACUACUGCAGGACGGAGACGCGCCACCGACUUUGGAGGAGAUCCAGGGCUGGGGUCAGUCAUUCGACCGCUUGAUGCGCAGCGCUGCGGGCCGCAAGGUGUUCCGUGACUUUCUGCGCGGCGAGUACUCGGAGGAGAAUAUAAUGUUCUGGCUGGCGUGCGAGGAGCUGAAGCGAGAGACGGACCCCGACGCCGUGGAAGAGAAAGCCCGCUUUAUCUACGAGGACUACAUCUCUAUCCUGUCACCCAAGGAGGUGUCGUUAGACUCCCGUGUGCGCGAAACCGUCAACCGUAACAUGCUGGAGCCCACUCCGCACACCUUUGACGAGGCCCAGUUGCAGAUCUACACGCUGAUGCACCGCGACUCGUACCCACGCUUCGUCAACUCGCCGCUGUACAAGACGCUGGCGCGAAUCUCGGCCCCUUCCCCUGUGGCCGCGCCCGUCGCGCUUCAGACCAAGUGACGGCGGCCUCGCCUCGUGGCAGUCGAUCACUAAUGAACUGUACAAAUCGAUUUUGUGUAAAUAGUGUGUAUGUGGCAGUCACGGGUACUAAUCUGUACAUAAGUAGGUUAAAAUGAAAACGGGAUCGUCUCGCGUGGCAGCCGAGCGCCGAUAGCCGCCGCCCACGCGAUCGCACCAUCCCCUCAUCUCCCCGAUAUCCCGUUGUCGUAUUGUAUGUACCUAGCUGUUGAAAGCAAUAAAGGUGGACCAAUAUUGUUUGCCUGAGAGUCAACGAAGAAAUCUGUUCUUGUAUUUCGAUGUUCUGUUUAUUUGUAUGAAACAGUAAAGUUAAUUUAGGUAUGGAAACAUCUGCCUUCAUUGUGAUUGUAUUAAUGAAAUUAAAUUUCUUAAUGUUAAAUUGAAAUCUUUACUCGGUACGUUUACCUAUUGUAUUAUAAUGAUAAUGUAUUCACACUUAUUAUAUUUUACAGUAAACUUAUUUUAAAACAAUGUAAAUUCAUUUUAAAAUCUCAAAUUCCA